AUGAUUUUUUUUCUAUACACACUCCUGCUGUUCCAUCACCUUAAUACACAGGCAGAAAAUACUGUGUGCCAAAUGAUUGGAGACCCUAAAUACCCGCUAUUUUCAAAGAAUGGAGACAUAACUAUCGGUGCGAUUUUUGCAGUCCAUGGUAAAGAAAUAUUACCUUCAUUUGAGUUUAUUCAAAAACCCCAGCGUCUAUCAUGCUCCAGUGUGACACUGAGAGAUUUUCGGUUGGCUCAAAUCAUGAUUUUUGCAAUUGAGGAAAUCAACAGAAAUAAAACCUUGCUCCCAAAUGUUUCUAUUGGCUAUAGAAUCUAUGAUACCUGUGGUUCAAGACUGUCUUCUAUGAGUGCCACUAUGGCAUUACUAAAUGAUGAAGAGUUUGCAGCAGGAGACAAAUGCAAUGGGCAUACUCAUAUACAUGCUAUCAUAGGAGAAACAGAGUCUUCUGCCACAGUGAUACUGUCCAGAACCACAGGACCUUUUAAAAUCCCAGUGAUAAGUCACUCAGCUUCAUGUGAAUGUCUCAGUAAUAGAAAAGAUUAUCCAUCAUUCUUCAGGACAAUUGCUAGUGAUUAUCACCAAGGCAGAGUACUUGCACUUAUAGUUAAGCACUUUGGCUGGACUUGGGUUGGAGCUGUGAACAGUGACAAUGACUAUGGAAACAAUGGAAUGGCCAUAUUUCUAAAUACGGCCAAAAAAGAAGGGAUUUGUAUAGAGUACUCUAUAAAAUUCUACAGAACAGAGCCUGAAAAACUGCAAAAAGUUGUAAACACAAUGAAAAAAGGCACUGCAAAAGUAAUUGUUGCAUUUGUCUCAUUUCUUGAGAUGGGAUUACUUAUCGAGCAACUAAGUAUUCAGAACAUUACAGGCUUACAAAUUAUUGGGGUGGAGGGAUGGAUAACGUCGAAGAAUUACAUUACUCCAAACAGCUUUCAUGUGAUGAGAGGGUCACUGGGCAUUGCAUUGAGGAAAAUCAAUAUAGAAGGGUUUUCAGAUUAUGUUAUUAAAUCAUUUUGGGACACAGCUUUUCCAUGCUCACAAAAUGAUGUGAAUUAUUUUCAAGAUGAAUUAAAUUGCAGCAGAUAUCAAGAUCUGCUGGUGCUGAGAAAUUACAAUGAAGAUGUGCCUGAACAUAGAUAUUCAAGUAAUGUCUACAAAGCAGUGUAUGCUGUGGCUUAUGCUCUACACAGUCUACUGAAAUGCAAGGAACAAUACAUUUGUGCAAAAGCCCUGACAAUAAAACCACAUCAGGUUGUUGAGUCUAUAAAAAAUGUCAAUUUCACUGUAAAGUUUGGAGAUCGUGUGUGGUUUGACAGCACUGGUGCUGCAGUAGCCCAGUAUGAAGUUGUGAACUGGCAGCAGGACUCUGAUGGAUCAUUCCAGUUUAAAGCAGUGGGUUACUAUGAUGCCUCACUGCCCCCUGACCAGCGCUUUGUGCUUAACACUGAAAACAUCAUCUGGGCUGGAGGACAGCUGCAGAAGCCUAGGUCUGUGUGCAGUGAGAGUUGCUCUACAGGCACUAGGAAGGCUGGACAGAGAGGAAGACCUGUCUGCUGUUAUGACUGUAUUCCAUGUGCAGAUGGUGAAAUCAGUAAUGAGACAGAUUCAAAUAACUGCAUGCAGUGUCCAGGGGAAUUCUGGUCUAAUGCUGAGAAAAAUAAAUGUGUGUUAAAGACUGUAGAGUUUCUGUCAUUCACAGAAGUUAUGGGUAUAGUGCUAGUCUUUUUCUCACUGUUUGGAGUAGGAAUAACUGUUCUGGUCACAGUCCUGUUUUACAGUAAGAAGGACACCCCCAUAGUAAAAGCCAACAACUCAGAGUUGAGCUUCCUGCUGCUCUUCUCAUUGACUCUGUGUUUUCUCUGUUCACUUACUUUCAUUGGUCGCCCCACUGAGUGGUCCUGUAUGUUACGUCACACAGCGUUUGGGAUCACUUUUGUCCUCUGUAUCUCUUGUGUUCUGGGUAAAACAUUAGUUGUGUUAAUGGCCUUUAAGGCCACACUUCCAGGAAGUAAUGUCAUGAAAUGGUUUGGGCCUGUACAACAGAGACUCAGUGUUCUUGCCUUUACACUUAUACAGGUUCUUAUCUGUGUGCUUUGGCUUACAAUAUCGCCUCCUUUUCCCUAUAAAAAUAUGAAAUAUUAUAAAGAGAAGAUCAUUCUUGAGUGUAGUCUAGGUUCUAUUGUAGGUUUCUGGGCUGUUUUGGGUUAUAUUGGUCUGCUGGCUCUCUUGUGCUUCAUUUUGGCUUUUCUGGCUCGGACGCUGCCUGAUAACUUCAAUGAGGCUAAAUUCAUCACAUUCAGUAUGCUCAUAUUCUGUGCUGUGUGGAUCACAUUUAUCCCAGCUUAUGUCAGUUCUCCUGGAAAAUUUACUGUAGCUGUGGAGAUAUUUGCCAUUUUAGCUUCAAGCUUUGGUUUAUUAUUCUGUAUAUUUGCACCUAAAUGUUGCAUCAUCCUGUUUAAGCCUGAACAAAAUACAAAACAACAUUUGAUGGGAAAAACACAAACUAAGUCCUACUGA